CUGCGGCACCGGGAAUGUAGCCCGUUUAACGCGCUCCGGGGAUCUGCUGGGCCCUGCUCUCCUCCGAGGGCCGACAGUAUGUCUUGGACCCCAGGUGGACUCUCCCAUCUGUGCAUUUUGGUCCCUCCAUUUAGCAAAGAGAAGUGUGGAACGUGCGCCGGCAGCGAGCCGCCUCGGCAUCCCCCAACCGCCCGCAACGGUGCCAGAGGCUGACGGAUCCGCGCCCGCACGCCCGGCCGGCCUCCCGCGUUCCCUGCUCGUGAGACCGCCGGGUCUCGGCCUCUCGCUGCCCUGUGCCGUCCGGAGCAGCCGCCAGCCCCUCAGCGCUCGUGAGAGCCGCGUCCGCGGGGGCCUGGGGAGCGUCGCCUUUUCCCUCCCGGGCCGGACCCUGCUGGGCAUGCUCAGUGCACCUCCUGGAACCCGGCUCUCCCGGGGCCAGGAUCGGGUCUCCGGGUUUUCGCGGCUGCCGAAGGGGAGCUGGGGAGGAGAGGCUGGCAGAUAGUCAGCGCCUUGUUCCACGCCCAGCUGCGGCCGCCCGCACCGCAAGAUACGGGCCAAUCAGGGGCCGGGGGCGGGGCUUAGACCGUCACUCCCUCCCUCUGGGUUAUUGAGAGUUCUAUCAAGAAAUUCAGUUCAGAGAGAGAAGAGAGAGAAGGAGAGAGGGGCAGAGGAGAAGGGAGAGAGGGAGAGCAUGUCAGACGGGAAGGAGCGCCCUAGAGUCUCCGAAGCACGAAAGAGAUAACCAAUUAGGAAUUUUUCGGGCAACUGUCACCCACCCCGAGAGCAGCCAGAGACUCACCAUCACCCCAACUCUGACGUUUCCUACAAGAAGUUAGAGACUUAAGCAGUAUUGACAUCGGAGGGAAAUGGUAUGUUUGAUGCUGUGGAAAAUACCCCUGAGCUGAAGAAGUGCAACUGGAUGUUGUGUGUGCGUUAAAUACCAGAAGAGCUCAGACCCCGUGGGUAAUAGAGACGAAAUGUGGAGAGAAUGAGUAACGACAAAUCUGUGAAUUUGUUCUCUGGAGUUGCUAAUUUGCCAGCCCGAAGCAACACAUUUUACAAGGAAGAAACGUUUUGCUGCUUCUGAUUUCUCCCCAAACUGGUGCUACCAGAUGCAUGGCUUUCUAUGUAUUGGAACAGCUCAUUUCUAACUGCAGCAUACCGGGAAAGGGGAAAGGUUGAGGCAACUAACUGGCUGUCUCCAAAUAAGUCAUGAGAUGUAAUGCAUCCUCCAGCCCAUGCACGCUUCCUCUUGCAAUUUGUGCAUCAUUCCUCAGUGGAAACCUUUAAUCCCUAAAACCCAGGAAAAGAAAAUAAAUACAUUAUCAUGGACCUGAGGGAUUUUUACCUGUUGGCUGCUCUGAUUGCCUGUUUAAGGCUGGAUUCCGCAAUAGCUCAAGAACUUAUUUACACUAUUAGAGAGGAAUUGCCUGAAAAUGUGCCCAUAGGAAACAUACCAAAGGAUCUGAACAUUUCUCACAUCAAUGCUGCCACAGGGACCAGCGCCAGCCUUGUCUACAGACUGGUUUCUAAAGCUGGGGAUGUCCCUUUGGUGAAAGUAUCCAGUAGCACUGGCGAAAUUUUCACGACCUCCAAUAGAAUAGACAGAGAAAAACUCUGUGCUGGAGCCUCUUACGAUGAGGAGAAUGAGUGUUUCUUUGAACUUGAGGUGGUGAUCCUCCCCAAUGAUUUUUUCAGGCUGAUCAAAAUUAAAAUAAUUGUCAAGGAUACCAAUGAUAAUGCCCCCAUGUUUCCAUCUCCUGUCAUCAAUAUUUCCAUCCCAGAAAACACUUUGAUCAACAGCCGCUUUCCAAUUCCAUCAGCAACAGAUCCUGACACAGGCUUCAAUGGUGUACAGCAUUAUGAAUUGUUAAAUGGGCAGAGUGUUUUUGGACUGGAUAUCGUGGAAACUCCGGAAGGAGAGAAGUGGCCACAAUUGAUUGUUCAGCAAAACUUGGACAGAGAACAGAAAGAUACCUAUGUGAUGAAAAUCAAAGUAGAGGAUGGAGGCACUCCACAGAAAUCCAGCACAGCCAUACUGCAGGUCACAGUAAGUGAUGUAAAUGACAACAGGCCAGUGUUUAAAGAGGGUCAAGUGGAGGUGCAUAUUCCAGAGAAUGCUCCCGUAGGCACCUCUGUAAUUCAGCUCCAUGCCACAGAUGCAGAUAUAGGCAGUAAUGCUGAAAUCCGGUACAUUUUUGGUGCCCAGGUCGCCCCUGCAACCAAAAGACUCUUUGCUUUAAAUAAUACUACUGGGUUGAUUACAGUUCAAAGGUCCUUAGAUCGAGAGGAGACAGCCAUUCACAAAGUGACAGUGCUGGCUAGUGAUGGCAGCUCCACUCCCGCUCGAGCAACGGUUACCAUCAAUGUCACUGAUGUAAAUGAUAACCCUCCAAACAUAGACCUCAGGUACAUUAUAAGUCCCAUCAAUGGCACAGUGUAUUUGUCUGAGAAAGAUCCUGUCAAUACAAAGAUUGCCCUAAUUACAGUUUCAGAUAAGGACACAGAUGUGAAUGGCAAAGUGAUCUGUUUUAUUGAAAGAGAGGUCCCGUUUCAUUUGAAGGCAGUAUACGACAACCAAUAUUUGUUAGAGACCUCCUCUUUGUUGGACUAUGAGGGCACCAAAGAAUUCAGCUUUAAAAUCGUUGCCUCUGAUUCUGGGAAGCCCAGUUUAAAUCAGACUGCCCUGGUAAGGGUUAAGCUUGAGGACGAAAAUGACAACCCACCAAUUUUCAACCAGCCUGUAAUUGAGCUGUCAGUUUCUGAAAACAACCGACGUGGGUUGUACUUAACAACUAUUAGUGCCACAGAUGAAGACAGUGGGAAAAAUGCAGAUAUUGUUUAUCAGCUUGGACCGAAUGCCUCCUUUUUUGAUUUGGACCGAAAGACAGGAGUUUUGACAGCCUCCAGAGUCUUUGACAGAGAAGAACAAGAAAGAUUCAUUUUUACAGUAACUGCCAGGGACAAUGGGACCCCUCCCCUCCAAAGCCAAGCGGCUGUGAUAGUUACUGUUCUGGAUGAGAAUGACAAUAGCCCCAAGUUUACUCAUAAUCACUUUCAAUUUUUUGUGUCUGAGAAUCUGCCAAAGUAUAGUACUGUGGGGGUAAUCACAGUGACAGAUGCAGAUGCUGGAGAGAAUAAAGCUGUGACUCUUUCCAUUCUAAAUGACAAUGAUAAUUUUGUGUUGGAUCCCUAUUCUGGAGUCAUAAAGUCAAAUGUCUCAUUUGACAGAGAGCAGCAGAGUUCCUACACUUUCGAUGUCAAAGCCACUGAUGGGGGACAACCACCCCGUUCCUCUACUGCAAAAGUAACUAUAAAUGUCAUGGAUGUCAAUGACAAUAGUCCAGUUGUCAUUUCGCCACCUUCUAAUACUUCUUUUAAGUUGGUGCCUCUCUCAGCCAUUCCUGGCUCCGUGAUAGCAGAAGUUUUUGCAGUGGAUAUUGACACUGGGAUGAAUGCUGAACUUAAGUAUACAAUUGUGAGUGGGAACAACAAAGGCCUGUUUCGGAUUGAUCCAGUAACAGGUAACAUCACUCUGGAAGAAAAACCAGCACCUACUGAUGUGGGCUUGCACCGAUUGGUGGUCAACAUAAGUGACCUGGGAUACCCUAAGUCUCUGCACACACUUGUGCUUGUUUUUCUUUAUGUUAAUGACACUGCUGGCAAUGCCUCCUAUAUCUAUGACUUGAUUCGCAGGACUAUGGAGACCCCAUUGGACAGGAACAUAGGCGAUAGCAGCCAACCCUAUCAAAACGAGGACUAUCUCACCAUCAUGAUCGCCAUUGUCGCAGGUGCCAUGGUGGUCAUCGUCGUGAUCUUCGUCACCGUUCUGGUGCGUUGUCGCCAUGCAUCAAGAUUCAAAGCAGCUCAGAGGAGCAAGCAAGGUGCUGAAUGGAUGUCCCCAAACCAGGAGAACAAACAAAACAAGAAAAAGAAAAGGAAGAAAAGAAAGUCUCCCAAGAGCUCUCUUUUGAACUUUGUUACCAUCGAAGAGUCCAAACCCGAUGAUGCAGUUCACGAACCCAUCAAUGGGACAAUAAGCCUGCCGGCUGAGCUGGAAGAGCAAAGCAUAGGUAGAUUUGACUGGGGUCCGGCACCUCCAACCACCUUCAAGCCGAACAGCCCUGACCUGGCCAAGCACUACAAAUCCGCUUCUCCACAGCCCGCUUUCCAUCUUAAACCAGACACUCCGGUUUCCGUGAAAAAGCAUCACGUGAUUCAGGAACUCCCGUUGGACAACACCUUUGUCGGGGGUUGUGACACCCUUUCCAAACGCUCUUCCACUAGUUCAGAUCACUUCAGUGCCUCAGAGUGCAGUUCCCAAGGAGGCUUCAAGACAAAGGGCCCCUUACACACCAGACAGACACCUCCAUUCAUAUUUCUGGAGGUCCGGUGAAGACCAACUAACCUAACCUCAUCCUACAGAUGAGCAAGUGUAAGCAUUCUUAGACUCUGCAUUUUGACAUUUUGAUUUUUGUAAACAGUGAAAUAUAAUUAACACCUUUAUAUGCUUUGUCAGCGUCUUGACUCACUAGUGAUUUCUGCAUUUGUAUGAGAGAGAGAGAGAGAGAGACAGAGGGUUAAAAAACCGCUGAUUCUAAUGUACAUGAGCACACUCUCAUAUCACUUAAUUAGAGAUAUCUGUGGUUUCCGUUUUCUCCCUCACUUCUUCCACACCACUGUGUCUACCUAUCAUAACAUCUUUAUUUAUGUUAGGAUAUAAUAAGAAGGGAAAGAGUGAACAUAAACAGGAUCAGAUUUCUUUUUUUCCAAGACUCCUCAUCCAAAAUUUUUGUUUAAACCUUUGAUUACUUAGAUAAUUGAGUGAUUACUUCUAAACAAUGAUCAAUAGAUUCACUUUGAUAUCUGCUUAAUAGAGAAAGUGUGUUCUGGAGGAGAAAAAAAAAAGUCAUCAUUAAAAUUCACUUAAUAGACUUUUGAGCCAUCCAGACGACACCAUAGAAUCACAUAUGAAUCCUAUAAAAAGCAGCAAAAUAAUAAUUGAAUAGUAAGUGGUGUCUAGCUACCAUAUUAUUUUUAGAAAGAUAAAUUUAGUGUCUAAUAGAAUUUACAGAAUAGUUUCUCAAGACUCAAAAUGGACCUUUGAUAAUAUUUGGCCUAUUUAAUUCCUUUUCCACAUGAAGAAAACUGAGAUUACUACAAAAAGUAGUUUGAUAUUUGAAGUAAAAAAAAAAAAAAAAGACUUGGAGAACUGUUAUUUUAAAAACUGUGUCACAUAGGAUACGUCAUUUGAAUGUACCGUUUCUUGCUUUCCUAGCCUGUAAAAUGGAUGUAAUCAGGCCUAAUCCAUAAAGUUGUUAUUAAAUUGAGUGCAUACAUGGGUGCAUGUAGACUUCUGGCCCAUGGUAGGCAGACACUCCAAAAACCUCCCUAUUUUUCGCUUAUUUUUUCCAAGGAUACCAACUUACCACUGACAGAGGCGCCCAAUUUCAUUUAAUACAUGUUCUCUAAGUUUUGUUUUUGGUGGUUUUCUUGAAUUUAAGUUUUGUAUCUUUUUAAAAAUU